ACUAUCCAAGAGUUAUAUUUGAUAUAAUUGACAAAUGUUGUCUACCUAAAUAGUCAUGUUUUGAGGGUAUUAGCCCACGCUAACUUAAAACAUGGAUGAAAUAUGGAUCUUGGCUCACUAGAAAGAUUUGCAGAAAUGCUUUCCGAAUUAAUAGUUAGGGCUAUUGAUUUGAACAAAAUAGUGGGAGAUAUAUAUUUUGAAUAUAUAUUUAUAAUCACUUGAACAUAAUUUAAUAAACAUCUGUAAACUAAUUUAUCUUAUGCAUUUGAAAUAUUGUAGAUAUCCAAUGGCAAAUAAUUCAAACAACUUCUCUGUACGAUCAGUCCUUGAGAAGGACAAGCUGACAGGAACCAACUUCCUUGACUGGCAAAGGAAUUUGAGGAUUGUCCUCAAACAAGAGCGCAAGCUCUAUGUCAUAGAUAUUCCUCGCCCUACACCUCUCGCUGAAGGAUCAACCCGUGCUCAGCAUACUGCUUAUCAGAAGCAUAUCGAUGAUGACACGGAUGUUCAAUGUCUCAUGUUAGCGACCAUGAGUGCUGAACUUCAGAAACAACAUGAGAAUAUGGAUUCUUAUGAUAUGAUUGAGCACCUUAAGCGUAUGUUUGAGGGACAGGCUCGUCAGGAGAGGUUUGAUACUUUCAAAUCUUUGAAUGCUUGUAAGCAGGGUGAACGUGAUCCGGUAGGACCGCAUGUUCUGAAGAUGAUAGGGUAUAUUGAUUAUCUUGAAAAAUUGGGUGCCCCGAUUGGUCCGGAGCACCAAAUUGAUCUGAUCUUGCAAUCUCUAAACAAUAACUAUUCUCAGUUUGUAAUGAAUUACAAUAUGAAUGAGAUAAACAAGAACCCCGCCGAAUUGUUGGCAAUGUUGAAAACUGCUGAAACCAACAUUCAGAAGGUGUCCCCUACUCCCAUAUUGAUGGUGAAUAAGGGGAAGGCCAAAGGAAAGGGUAAAUGGAAAGGCAAGAAGAAGAUGGGAUCUAAUUCUAAUGCCAAUCCGAAACCUGGUCCGACUAAGGCCUUGAAACCGAAAGGUGGUGUUCAGAAGGAUGGUGAUUGUCACUAUUGCAAGAAACCAGGUCAUUGGAAGAGGAACUGUCAUGCUUAUUUGGAGGAUCUGAAGAAGAAGAAGGCUGCUGCCGCUUCUGAUUCAGGAACUACAGGGAAGUAGGCCAUUGGCAAAGGGAGAAGUCGACCUACGAGUUGGCAAUGGAGCAAAAGUUGCUGCUAUAGCUGUAGGGACUUAUCAUUUAUCGUUGCCCACUGGGCUUAUUUUAGAACUUGAGAAUUGUUUUUACGUGCCUGCAAUUUGCAGAAACAUUAUUUCAGUUUCUUGUUUGGACAAGAUAGGUUUUGCUUUUUCAAUUCAGAACAAUAGUUGUUCCUUUUCUUUGAAUAAUGUUACCUAUGGGGUUGCACGUUUAUUUAACGGUUUAUAUGUUCUUGACUUGGAUACUCCCAUCUAUAAUGUGAAUAAUAAACGACUUAAAACUGAUGACUCAAAUAAAACAUACCUCUGGCACUGUCGUUUAGGCCAUAUAAAUGAGAAGCGCAUUUCCAAGUUACAUAAGGAUGGAUACUUGGAUAAGUUUGAUUUUGAAUCAUACGAAGCAUGCGAACCAUG